CGUCGUUUUCCCUCAGUGAAGAUGGCGGAGCGCGGCGCGGAGUGCCCGCGGCUGCGGUGAGGAUGCACCCCAGUGGCACACAGAGCCAAGUUCCCAUGUAGAGAUUGAAUAAUCAGCACCACACCUGGCUUCUCUUCGGAGCUCAGUUUUUUGCCAAUACUUCUAAUCUGACACUUCACCAGAGGCACUUCUGAGAGUUUCUCAGUGUUUUUUUACCACAUAAAGAGGGGUCAUAGAGCACUGCUAUUAUGUCCUGGGUACAAGUAGCAGUCAGCCAAUCCAAUGAGGAUAUAUUUGAUGAAGAUGCAGAUGAGAUGUAUCUACUACAGAAGGAAUGGAACAGCACUAUGAAAAAGAGAUUGAAGGAAGGCUAUAGGGAUGGAAUUGAGGCUGGGAAAGAACUUGCACUCCAGACAGGCUUUAAUCAAGGUUACAGACACGGUGCCAAGCUGAUGAUUACAUGCGGCCAGUUCAAAGGAACCCUGAAUGCUCUCUUAUCCUGGUGUCAUUUUAAUGGACAUAAUUCUGCUCUAAGUACGAUAAAUAAUCUUCUUGAUGUAGUUGGAAAGCAUGAAGAUGAUGUGCUUAAGUAUCUGAAUUCUACUGAAGAACAGCCACAUCUUGGACACAUUUUAGACUCAGUUCAGGACAUGGACCUUAAUCACACAGCUGGGACAGGGUACAGGGAAGUUGAAGAUGGAAAACACAACAACUGUGGCAGCUCCGGUGACAACAUUUGUAGGAAUAAUGGUGAGGUUGGUUCCUUGCAGUCUGAGUGCAGCAAGGCAAACCUCUGCACAGAUCCUGAAAAGUCAACCCUUGCUUGGGUUAAAAUGCAGACUGUUUGGUUAGUAGAGCAACUGGGCUUAUCACUGGAUGUACUCCAUCAUGUCCAGCAACUGGAAAAUUAGUUUUCCUGUCUCAUGGUACUUCAAACUAUCACAGCUGACUUUGAUUCUUAGUUUGUGGGUCAUGUACAGGCUGAUGCAUCACUUUUGCUUUAGGAAAAUCUAAUUUUGAUGUUUUACAGUAGAAGUAAUUUUUGUAAAUCCUUGCCAUGAUUUUGGCUCUGGGCAAAACCCUUCACUUUCAACCUUAAAGGUAACAUUCACAGAAAGGGGCAGUGACCUUAAAGCUUUACAAAGAGUUACUAAACAUGUUUCUGUUUUGUGUUGGGAGGUCCCAUUUCACCCUCAUUUUUUUCUUGGCAGCAGCUUGGAAAUGAAGUGGGUCCAUUAAAUAGCUCCUCUAAAUUGGUCCCCUGCAAUAUCAAAAGAGUAAAUGCUCAGUGCUAUGGAAAUGGUCAGUGUUUUUGCAGAAUAAGCUGCUGUUGAUGAUAUGCUGUGUGCAAAACAGAACAUGAUAUGCUGCUGAUUCCUAGUGCUGUGACUCUCUAGUCACUUUUUGUCAAAUCCUGUGUGUUAUCUUUUCUACCCAUGAUGCAAUGCACUUUCACAGUUAAAAAACUAUUUUUCCCUCCUUAUAUAGUUAUAUUUGUCACUUUUGCUGAAAACUCACUAUUUUCCUCAAAUACAGAAUUGCUGACAAUUCAUUGUUUUACUUUUAGACAUCUGCUCUUAUCAUGUCAGACCACACUAAACAUGCUUCCAGUCUAAUGAACAUCCUUUCGUUAUUUUUGUAUUUAUUUUGUCAGUCCAUCUAGCCUGAACUCUCCCACAUUCCAAUAAUGUUUUUCUCAAACUCUUCAAGGAAGCCAAGCUUAUUCAGUACCUCUUAGAAACACAUCAGCCACUCAUGCCUAUUUCUGAUUAUUUUGUAUUUCUGUAACUAUUCUGUAUUUGACUUGCUUUCUCUUUGCUUCCCUUCACUGUAGCUGUAAAUUGCUCUGUUCAGAAAGUUUUUUUCUUUGUGAAUGCCUCUGUUUUACAUUAAUUAAACUGAUGUAUAGUAAGUUCCCAACUUAUUUGUUGGAAGUUUCCUGUAACUCAUUCUUAUUGGAGACAAAGGAAUAUUCCAGACAUAGGCAGAGCAAGAUUUUGAACAGUAAACUAUAAUUAAAAAAAAAAAAAUCACAAAGCCAUUUCAUACUUAGAGGCAAGAAAAAAUCUAAGGCAAAAAUUCCUUGUUUUUCAGAGCCUGAGUUUUAUACAACAUUUUUACUAAAGACUCUGUUACACUGUCAGAGUUGACAGACUCUAAGUUUGGUUUCCUUUCAGUACCACUUCUGCUUUAGGGGUAAUCAGAACUGCAGUUCAGAGUCUUUUUGUAUUUAUGAAAUAGUGGACAAAGAGGGGCAUCUGCAUUAAUACAGAAAUUGUUCAAGUAACUUUUUUUCAAUUUAUUUAGCGUAAUAUUGACAUGGAUAAACAUUACUUUUCUUCAAAUGCUUGUCUUGUGUUAUAGACUGUAUCAUGUAUGUUAAACACAGAUUUCUUCCAUAUUCUGGUAGAAUAUGGUGCAGACAGUGUUGGAAUAUAUAUAUAAUUUUCCUAAUUAAUUUUUAAUUAGUUGUUUUAACUAAUGUAAGCAGUGCCCACUUUUAGCCAACACCGCUUAAGUUUCUUCACAGACCUACUUUGAUCAUUAAAUCACUGAAACCUUGAGUUUGUUAAAACUAAGCCUAACAAUCUUCAGUGAACAAAGCCAAAAGAAUUUGAAGAUUGGGCAUCUGGGAUCCUAAAUUUAUGGCCAUUCAAGGACAUUAGAGUAACCAGAAGAUAUGGAGGAGAUGAAGGCUUGGAAAGUUGGAGAAAAAUAUAAAAGAAGGAAUAAAGGAUGUGGACCAGAUUAGCAUGAAGAGAAGGAAAUCAGUAACUAAGAGGGGGUUCCAUGUUAUCACCCAGAGUUUCCAGUUUGGCUGUGGAGAGAUUUUCUUCUGUACUUUCUGUAUUAUUUGGCUUAUCUGUCACUAUCCAGUCUUGCUGACCAACACCAGAAAGGCUUUCUUUGAGACUGUUAGAAUCUGUAGUUUGCUCCGAUUGUUGUCCAGGUUGUUGUUCUGUGUCCAUGUCUUGUGUUUCACUGUCAGCUUUCACCUUGGCAGCAUUCCUGAAAACAGCUCUCAUGACAACUGGGACUGACAUGCAACUGAAGAAGGAAAUAACACAUUAGUCACUACUACAGACAUCAUACUUUCUUUAAAGUACUUCUGUUUUUUAAACUGUAGCUGACACCUGAAUGAAAACCAGCAUUACCUCCUUUCUGUUUUUGUCUCAUACAACCUGGUGUUACUUUGUAGCCAUAAUAUAAACUACAUGUGCUGUACCAGAAAUAUAUGUUAACACACUAAAAUUUAGUGCUGAGUCUUUGAAGUUAGGUGUGCACAGGAGCUUUGACUGAAAGAGUAGGAGGCCUUUCAGUCUGGUCAAUCUGGUCAACAAAAAAAAGUCAUAAGGGUGCUUCUAAUGAAAACCAAAACUAAGAACAUUGAAAUAUAUUCAUUCUUCUUGAGUUUUAUGAUUGUAACCUUCAUGUUUUGUGUAACACAGGUACAGAAGGUAUCUUUUCUAAAACACUGUUUAUACUGGAGGAGAUUUUUUUCCCACUCAUAACCUGGUUCCAGAAAUAUUACCUUGUUUAAAAUCAGGUUCAAAAUCCAACCUGCAUUGGUUUUGUUGUCAUCAAACACAUGAUAGUUGUGUACUAGCUUAUGCCAAAUCACUUAGUGCUCUCAGACUAUGUUCUGAAUCAGUUUGUCUAGCCUAUGUUCAUGUAUCACAACAACUCUCUGUCUUGGAAUUUGUUCAGAAAACAAGCCAGAGUCAGUGUUGUAGACAUGCCAUAUACAACUCACUUUCUGAAGAGAAGCACUGAUUGCUAUUAGGUAGAUUUGUAAAAAGACCUUUCCAUGCUAUUCAAAGUUAUGCUAGACAUGAGACUGUCAUCAGCUAGAGUCUUCAGAAAAGCAUCUUUAUAAAAGGUAAAACUCUUCACUCAAUAGUCUUUCUUUACUUCCAUAUGCUUUCUACUAGAAACACUUCAUCACUGUUAAUGUUUAAAAUUUUUGAGAGAGAUACUUAAGAUACUGAAGUAACUUAUUCCCAUUAUUGUAUUACAGUACUAGAGUGAAGUUUUCCAGUUACUGAGUUCAUGGCAUUAUGAGUGCACAUGGUAUUUCCAUUUAAUGGACAUCUGUUAUGAAAUAAAAGUACUUACCGUUUCACAGCUGUUGCUAUGAAGUCAUCAGUAGAAUUUAGAGCUGGAUCUUGAGGAUUUAAAUGAAGGUGACAUUGGACUUCUCUGGAGGUUAUAACAUCAAUUACCACUAAGAAGGAACAGAACAGAAAAAUCUUUGUUUUGAAAUACUUAGAAACAUCGAAAACCAUCCUUUCAUUUUGAUGCUUGAAGAGAUGUAAGGCAAGUCAGUGGAAAGAGGUUUGCAGCAAUAUAUUUGCAUGACUUGUCCUUAAUAUACUUAAAUCAGAAAUUGUGGAAGUUACAAUUUAUUAAUUAAAUGUAGGCCAAGACAAAACAGGACUUUAAUAUUUGCAUUUAGUUUCUGUAUUAUUCUGAGUACAGAACACCUUCUAGUAAGCAGUUUAUACACAAGUGCAUACACUUCGUGUUUUUCCUGGGCUGCACACUGUUGAGUGGCCCUUAGACUGUUUGUAACUGAGAAACAUAGUGCAGGAGCCUAGAUAGAAUCAAGUCCCUUGUCAGCUCAGUAGAGAGGACAGUAGCAGUUAUUCCACACAUACCACAGGCUAAAUUCUCUUUCACAGGAUGAAGGAAAAAGACAGAAAAGCUGGUGUUCUUGUGUGGUACCACUUCAAAGUAAAACAGUUCUGAAUCAUCUAGAAAUAAAAAUACUGUUUAGUGAUAUCCACCAUUGAAGCUGGGUUCUUUUUGGCUGAAUUACAUGCCAGAAUUUUAAAAAUACUGAUACAGUAGUCUAAUUUUUCAUUACUUCGAUGACUUAGCUUAUGUACAUAGAAUGAGCAUAGAAUUUUUUUUAAAAAAAUCAAUACAGUGUUAAGAAUUUUUUAACAUUUACAACACUCCACAAGUAAUGACAGUUUUGGCAAGGGAGUAGUAAAAUCUGUCAACACCCAAUUUAGAAACUAGUUUGUCUCUAAUACUGUGCCAUCACUUCCAGCCACACAAUUUACCUUCAUUUAUAUGCUUCUCAGAGACACAGCUGCUGAUAAGAGUGUUAUAUGCCACUUGAUGUCGAAGAAUCUCUAUUAUGCCAGGCACACACUUUGGAUGGCUAAAUGGGAUUUUACUGACCAAAGCUCCUGCUAAACCUGAUUUUGCUGAGCCCUUGUUUAUGAAGUAACAGUGCUUUGGGCAAUCUGGAAGAGACUAAGCAACAAAUAAUGGUGAUGUUUCAAGGACUGAAAACGGGAAAGUAAAACUUGAUGUUAUCAGGCAAUUGUACAAUCUACAACAAAAAUAUUUUUGAAAGAUACAUUUCUAGCAUGUCCAUGGUACCUAUGCAUUUCUAGUAGAAUCCUUAGCAGAAGCUAAACAAGAUCCACUCUCCCUCCCAAAUACAUCCAAAGAAGGCAAAUAUACCCAGAGCCAAGUGGUCAGGAGUUCAAGUGUCACCAGUUCUUCCAAAUAUUUUUCAGAGCCCUAUAGGCUAUAAAAAUGUUAGUGGCCAAAAUAAUAAUAUCAUAGUAAUGCUGCUUGACAGUUACACAAACAGGAUAGCAGUUUUGCUGGAAAUCUCUUCUGGAUAUCAGAUGUUGUUCCAAGCUCCAUCACUACUACUUUUUCUUUGGAAGGAUAUGUUUGGCUGGAAUAUCUCAUGAUUCAUUUGAAGAUGAGGAGGAGAUAGUAAGAAAAAAAAAAUUUACCACUGUCCAUGUUAACAGUGAUUCUAUGACAAAAUUAGAAAUGGAGUAUGGUGAUAUCUACUUCAGGAUGCCAAAUGGAAUGUCCCCUUAAGAACAGGGCAGGGCAGUUAAUGAGGAGGGCCUACAUUAACAAAGGCUGAAGAGCUUUUCCUUGUGUGUUCAUGGAUCAAACAUAUAUCCCCUACGCUCAUUUCAAGGUUAGAAUGCAAUUGAGUAAUUCUAGAAAUAAAAUCUUUAAACUCAGAAAUAAAAUCUCCCACCAAGUACAAAUAUUUUAGGGAAUUGUUGAAAAGUUACAGAGCCUUUCAUGUGCAUCCCAUAGAAAACGAAAUAUUAUUCCUAUCUGACAGAAGAGAAGAGCUUUGCCAAACAUUAUUUUAGCAUGGUGUAAAUUUACUACUACCUUCUAUACCACCACGUCAAGGUUCAAGAACUAAGCAGGCAAUGAGCUCUAUGGACACUGCUAGUAGAACAGAAAAAAAGUACCCUCAUGUUUUGCUGCCAUUAAUUGCAAAAUUAAUGUUUCCUAGCAAAAAAAUUAGAUCUUUGAAGCUUGUCUUGUAGUUGCUCUGUACAUAAAUCUGGCAGAAAGCAUCUUAACCACAACUUUUUGUUCUAAAACUUAACAUCUAAUGCAGCCUAAGCAACUGUAUUUCAAUAAUGCAGUUAUUAAAAAGAAAGCCUUCUUCAGUUAAACAUCCUUGUCUCUAGAUAGCAGUUGGCAUCACUGUUGUAACACUUUAUAUUUUUCUUCCUGCCAGUCCCUUUAAAAGGAAUCAAUAGUCCCACUGUUACCUAAUUAAGAAGCCCCUUUUGUUAAAACAGUGUGACAUGCAGCAUGAUAAAGAUCUUCAAAAAUCUAGGUAAGUACCUUCCUGGGACUUGCUCCUCAUACCAGUCAGUAAGUUUUCUUCUUUUUAAGGCAUUAAUGAUAAACUUCUGAGCACUUUUUAGAAGAGUAAAUAUUUGGGUUACAGACAAAUUAGCGUGACUUUAGCAACCAAGCACAUAGUGUUUUAUUAAUGAGCAUGAGAUGCUCACCUACAUGAAAGGCUCUAAUACUGAUUUUUAAAUUGAACUAUUUCCUAAAGAGCCCUUUUGUUGGGAUUCUGGGAAACCUACAUUACUUGCUUAUGGGGAAAUGGUAAUUCAGUAUAUCUAUCUCCUGUGCAACAGCACAGUGUGUAUCAGAUGCACACUAUACUUACCACAAAGAAACAAGACUUAUUUGUAGACAAGUCUUCACUGCGUUUUUCUUUAAGAGUAGACUGAACAAUUAGCUCAUACAGUGGAGCUAGUUUCAAGCCAGAAAUCUGAAUUCCUGAAACCAGGUCAUUAUUUUUAUUAGCAAUUAGGUUAAGACAGUAGGUUAUGAAAGCUAUUAUUAAAAACAAACCCAAUGUUUUGAAAAGACAAAAAGAUUGAUUUUAUUUCUUAUUCCCCUGUUUCGCUAUUGGAAAAUUGAGGUAGAGUGUUUAACUUUGCCUGUACUUGUCAUAGCUUUAGAAUUUUUGUGUUUUGCACUGAUUGUUACACUUGGACUGGUAGAACAGAAUAUGUUCUGCCCAAGAAGCAACUUCUUGCAACUUUAACAUGGGGAAUCAAAAAGCAAAUAAGUAUUGCAUAGUCACAGAAGUACUUCAUCUUAAAAAACAAUUAUAACAUGCCUGUGAGCUUCUGUAUCUCUUCAAUACUGGAUGAAGACACUGGAAUAGGCUGAAACUUCAGAACAAAAUGAGCUGGCAAAUCCAUGCUUAGUUCAUCAGUCAGUUGCAAAAAAGCAGGGUUGCUAGGAAAAAAAUUGUCAGAAUGAAAGUUUUGUUACAGAAAUUGCCAUAACAAGGACUCCUAAUGCAAUGCCACUAUUAGCAGUUUAUUAUGUUCCAUACAUUUUCUGACUUGCAAAGUGUUUUGCUUUAUAAAUGCAACGUUAAUAGUUUAAACCAUGGUUAAUGUGAAAAUCGACAGAAAGGAAAAGUGAGACACAGAAACUGGGUGGUGUUUUUUACAAAUAAUUUUAAAGUAUUUUAGUUUGGAAAGUUACUUCAAACUUCCCCUCCAGACAACACUGAGGUAGAGAGAGAUGAGGUGUCAGUACCCACAGUGGGAUGACAAACUAUUUUGUGUAUUUUAGGUGUAAUAUCUUUCAGUAUAUGCUUUCUUUACUGCGAAUCUAUAUCUUGUUGAAUACUAGGAAGUUCAUUAAUAUUGCUCCAGUGUCUCUUUCUGGCUUCAAAUCUAUGAAUAAAUUCAUAGUUCAAUGCAACUGACACAGUUAAAUAUGAAGAUAAUAAUUUCAAAGUCCAUUUGGGAAAACUGUAAAAGCCACAGAUUAUAGACAGUGUAGCUAUGGAGCAUAAAGCCAUAAAUGAUACAGAACUUCUUGUUUCAGCAGAGGCUAAAUGUAAGUUAUGUGGAAGUCAGUGCCAGGGACUUGUAAGUCCAUUUCUGUAUUGACACAAGUGUCCAGAGCCUCACCUGUCCUCUCCAGCUUGAGGAUCUAUAAUUAAUGGAGAAAGAGGCAGUUUGUGGAGUGUAUCUGUGCCUUCAACAGUUACAACUGUUUUAGUUCCACAUACCUGGAAACCUGAGGGAGAAAGAGAAUAGCAUUAUUUUCCUUAAUUUAGUGUAUAUUAAUCCUAUGCAUACAAAAUAUACAAUAGUAAGGACUUGGAAGGUCAUGUCCAACUGACAGCCACAGUGGUGUGGGCAGUGAAGAGAAGCCUACACUGACCACAGCCAAAAGGCCAAAGUUGCCCAAAGAUGAUAGCAGCAACAGCUGAAUCAACAACCAAGACAUGGAACAUAGUUUCCUGAUGGACAUUAAAACUGUGCUAAAAUGCAUCACAUAAACUAUUCUACUAAACUAGAAUUUUAAAUUUUAGUUCUGAGCUUUCAUUAGUUAACUUUGCUAAAUGAAACAGGUAGUAUUGAAAAACUCUUAUUAUCUAUUUCUGCUGAAACAGCAGAAUAACUGAAAUAGCUUUACCAUUAUUUAGUUCUGCUUCCAAAACUUGAUAGGGAGAAAUGUAAAAUUCAAUGUUCAUUGGGGUUCCUGAGGAAUAAAAAAAUAAUGGUUACUAUACAAGUUAGUAGAGGAAAUACGAUGGGUGCCUUGACACAAAGGUGAAAAAACCAACACUGUAGAUAGGCAGAGGGGAUUCCUUGUAAGAGUACAUCUCCACUUACAAUAUCUGUUUAAUAUAUGUUCUGUAUAUAUGUACGUUAUCUGAGAAUACAGGCACAGUAAGUCACUACAGCAGGUUUUAUUUAUAGUAGAGGAUCUUUCCUGUACACAAAGAUGAACUCAGUAGUGUGUUUUCAUUACAAUUCUUUGAAUUCAGAAAUGGGAAAAGAAAAAAAAGGGGAGAAAAAGAAAAAGGUGGGGGGGGGGGAAGGGAGAAAAAAAGGAAAAAAAUCACCUCCAGUUCUUGGCACCAGGUGUCCUACUUUUCCAUUAAGUACUUCAGUAACUCUGUUUAGAUCCUGUGUUCUAUUUCAAAACACAUCUUAAUUAGUGUUUCCUGCAUUGCACUGCUAGCUAAACUAAUGUAAUUUCUAAUUUGUAUCCUUAAUCAAAAGAAGACAAUGUUUUCUUGGAAGUAGAUUGUAUGUCCAGCUUCCAAAAGACCACAACUCCACACAUGCAUUACUUCUGGGAUUUGGGCUUCCACUUUCCCUGUAUCUGAGCUCUUUCAUGUUGCACUUUGGUGUGCUAUUUACCAGAAAUUAAGGGGGUCAAAAAUAUUAGAGUGGAAACUGGUUGAGCAAAGAAUGAAGAAAUAGCCUGGAUAAACUAACUUGGACAGAACCACUUUCUGAUUUCAAGUGUGUUCAUAUAGCUGCAUACAUACAGCUAUACAUUUACAUAGCUGUGCACUAACUCUGCAGUGCAUUGACUUACAGCAUAGACAGGACAAAUAAUCUGUUUAAUUUAUAAAUAAUAUUAACUGAGAUAUCAUUGAACAGCAAGGAUACAGCACAUUAGUUCAUAGUGUUAUUAUGCUUCAUAAGGGAAAACUGCAAAAAUAAUCCAAGAGGGUGUUUCAAGUUACAGGAGGCCUUAUCUGCCAAGGUAUGUGUGUAUGUAACUUAAUAGGCAAGGUAUCAGAGAAGAUACUUCAAAAAUCCAGAAGGAAAGCACUGCCCUCAACUCUUAUUUAUUGAAAAUAAUGAAAAUCCUUAUACAAUUACCAGAAGGUUUAGGAAACUGUUCCCCAUCUGUCUGUAAUCCUACUCUAUGAAAGGACAAAUGAGAAAAGGGAGGAGAAAAGCUGGCAUACACUCCUCCUGAUCUAAAACCUGAGGACAAAAUGAGAUACCCAGACAGCAGAAUCCCAAGAGGUCUAUUUUACUUCUGCCACAGGGAGAUGUAAACAUAACUGCUGACUUUCAGACACACUGUUUACUCCCAGUGGGUGGUCAUGUGCACACACCCCCAAGCUUUGUAACCAACCAGUUUCCCAGGAAGUCCCUUAGAUAAAGCACAGGAGUUCAGUAGAUAGACUGGUUUGCUUGUCUGUCAUUGACAAAGGCUUCAGGCUUCCCAGUGGGAGAAAACUCAUUAGCCUUCCACAUCCUGCUCUAUAAUUAGAUCAGUUAACUUGUUUUUUUAGUGAAAUGAAAGGGUGUGGGUAGAGGUAAAGGGACAAAGGCAUAGACUGUAGGUUACCUGUCAAGAAGAGACAUUGAAUAAAGGUCUUUUUCAAGGGCCUGCAAAGCAAGAUAUCCCUUAGCUUUCAUUUCGCUGGGAGAGAGAAAAAACAAUUUAUAAUUUUUGUAAGUAAACAAAAGUUAGGCUAUGGAUUUCAAAAGUUUUUGAGUAAAAAAUAACUACAACCUGUUUCCUGGAAUUUGAUACAUAUUUGACAGGUCUUCUAGAAUCUUGCCAAAGGCAUCAUAGUUCUUCAUUCUAACAAAAAGAAAUAAUGACUAUCACACUACUAAAUGAGAUAGAAAAUAACUCUUUUAUACAUAACUUGAUAGAAAAGGCACCAUUUCAAAGUGACAGUGGGCCCCUCCUUAUCAGAUCAAGUAGCAGUACUGAUUUAAAUUUUCUUAGAAGAUACCAGAAAAUGUGAACCUUUGGUUUUGUUGCAAGAAGCACUGUAAUUACAGCUGAAACUGGCACUGAAGUAGGCACUACUGAAAGCAAUAAUUGUACAUCAAACGCAAAUAUGACAGCUCAUCAGCUGCAAAACACUUUUCCUGAUGUUCCAAUAAAGCUAGUCAUGUAGUACUACUUCCCUAAGACCUUGCAUGCAUACAUUGAUAGUUUCAUUAAAAUAUCAAAAUUGUAUUAAUCCCGCACUUCAUAGCACCAUGUGAGAGAGACAGACCUUAAAUAUAACUGAUAGAUACAUCAAUUAAAAAAAAAGAAAAAAAAAAAAAAAAAAAGAAAAAAAUGGGACAAGUGGCUUGGUUUGUAAAUGAAUGACUGCUCAAACCCCAGAAUUUCUGUGGAUUUUGUGAGAUACAAAGUUGUGUUUCGUGUCAGGUACAUACAGGUAGUGUGUGUACUUGUGAUUGUGAUUUGUGUGGAAACUGAUCAGGGGACAA